UAAGGGCCAGCCUGAGCCGGGCCCGCGGCGGCGGCGGUAGCACACGCAGGACACCCGACGCGGCUCGGCCGGCCUGUUGAGCCUCCCACCCGCUUCCAUAAGGCUUUGCCUUUCCAACUUCAGCUACAGUGUUAGCUAAGUUUGGAAAGAAGACCAAAAGAAGACCCCCGGGCCGUUUUCCUUUUGUUUUCUUGUGUUUUUUUGGUAUAGUCGUCGUCGGGGGCUUUUUGCACAGAGCUGCUGUGUUUUCAGCGGUGCUCUCUUCAGUUCCUUGCACUCCUCUUAACAAGCACCUCGGCAGGAGCAGCAGCCGUAGCAGCAGAAGAGCAAGCGGGGGGCGCCUGGUGUCAUGACCAGGGCAAGAGAGCAGAACCGCCUGGCAGGAUGCUGUGGAUCCUUAGCAAACUACCUGAUCUCUGCAAAAUUCCUUCUCUACCUUGGUCAUUCUCUAUCUACAUGGGGGGAUCGGAUGUGGCACUUUGCAGUGUCUGUGUUUCUGGUAGAGCUCUAUGGAAACAGCCUUCUCCUGACUGCAGUCUACGGGCUGGUGGUGGCAGGAUCUGUUCUGGUCCUAGGAGCCAUCAUUGGUGAUUGGGUGGAUAAGAAUGCCAGACUUAAAGUGGCCCAGACUUCACUGGUGAUCCAGAAUGUUUCGGUCAUCCUGUGUGGAAUCAUCCUGAUGAUGGUUUUCUUACAUAAAAAAGAGCUUCUGACCAUGUACCAUGGAUGGGUUCUUACUUCAUGCUAUAUCCUGAUCAUCACUAUUGCAAAUAUUGCAAACCUGGCCAGUACUGCUACUGCAAUCACAAUCCAAAGGGAUUGGAUUGUUGUUGUUGCAGGAGACGACAGAAGCAAACUAGCAGAUAUGAAUGCUACAAUACGAAGGAUUGACCAGUUAACCAACAUCUUGGCCCCCAUGGCUGUAGGCCAGAUUAUGACAUUUGGCUCCCCAGUCAUUGGCUGCGGUUUCAUUUCGGGAUGGAAUUUGGUAUCCAUGUGUGUGGAAUACUUUCUGCUCUGGAAGGUUUAUCAGAAAACCCCUGCUCUAGCUGUGAAAGCUGCUCCUAAAGAGGAAACUGAGUUGAAACAGCUGAAGGUAUACAAAGAAACUGAGCCAAAACCCCUGGAGGGAACUCAUCUAAUGGGUGAGAAAGACCCUGAUGUCUAUGAACUUGAACAUGAGCAAGGGCUAAGUUGUGCCUCCCAGAUGGCUGAGCCCUUCCGCACCUUCCGAGAUGGAUGGGUCUCCUAUUACAACCAGCCGGUGUUUCUGGCGGGCAUGGGUCUUGCUUUCCUCUAUAUGACUGUCCUGGGCUUUGAUUGCAUCACUACAGGGUACGCCUACACUCAGGGGCUGAGCGGGUCCAUCCUCAGUAUUUUGAUGGGAGCAUCAGCCAUAACUGGAAUAAUGGGAACUGUGGCUUUUACGUGGCUACGUCGAAAAUGUGGCCUGGUUCGGACUGGUCUGAUCUCAGGAUUUGCACAGCUUUCCUGUUUGAUCUUAUGUGUGAUCUCCGUGUUCAUGCCUGGAAGCCCCUUGGACUUGUCUGUUUCUCCUUUUGAAGAUAUCCGUUCUAGGUUCAUUCAAACAGAACCACUUUCAAUUACACCUACAAAAAUAUCUGAAAUCUUCUCUACAACUGAUUUGCAAAAGUCAAACAGAUCUGAUCCUGCUAAUAUUGUCCCAGAGAUGAGUCCUAAAUCUGUGCCUGUAAUCUCUGUCAGUCUGCUGUUUGCAGGCGUCAUUGCUGCUAGAAUCGGUCUUUGGUCCUUUGAUUUAACUGUGACACAGUUGCUGCAAGAAAAUGUAGUCGAAUCUGAGAGAGGCAUUAUAAAUGGUGUACAGAACUCCAUGAACUAUCUCCUUGAUCUUCUGCAUUUCAUCAUGGUCAUCCUGGCUCCAAAUCCUGAAGCUUUUGGCUUGCUUGUAUUGAUUUCAGUCUCCUUUGUGGCAAUGGGCCACAUCAUGUAUUUCCGAUUUGCCCAGAAAACUCUGGGCUCCCAACUUUUUGUCUGUAGUCAUGGUGAUAAAGAAGUUACAGAUGCAAAUCAAACUAAUACAUCGGAUGUGUAAGACAGUUUAACUGUUGCUAUCCCUGUUAUUAGGUUAUGAAGAGCGCAUGUGCCUAUUUUGUACUUCAAAAUUCCAAUAAAUGGCUCAGUGUGUCUCUCUGGUUUUACCACAGCUAUACCUUGACGGCUAAAAGCUAGUUAGGAAACUUGAGCCAGCAGAAAUGAGCUGGUUAAUUUCCCUUAUUUUUAAGGGUGGAAAAAAAAUAGAGAAAGAAAAACUCAGUUUAAAUAUGGAGACUAAAAUAGUAACACUGAUUUUCCCUAUUUCUCACAAGUAGGUAAAAUUUUACAUAAAAGAGUGAUUAGUCAUGUGAAUUAAGUUAUUCUUUGGCAGAUUUUUAUUAUCUGUACUAGAAUUCAGGUAUGUCGGUUUUCCCUAACACUCUUGUUCAAGUCAAGCUAAUUUACUUAAAAAAAAAAUCUUAUUCUCAGUUAUAUUAUAAAAACAAAUUCUCUUCCAAGUUUGAAGAUUAAAAUUUGAUAACCAGUAUUAUCCUUAUUGAUCCUAUUGAUGUUAAGGGAUUUACCUCUAUGUGGAAAAAUGAAAUACUUAACUAGAAUUCUCUAAUAGGGUUUAUGGUUUAACUUUAGAGACCACCUUUGUAUUUUUCUUAUCAGCUAGGGCAAAAUAUUGUAUUAAGCAUGUGUAACACUUCAUAAAAUGGCUAUUGUGUAAGCUGAAGAUAGAAGCAAAGCUGUAGAGUAGAUUUAUAACACAGUGAAUGCAUGAGGACUUCAAACACGCCAGUGGUUCGGCCAUAGAAACUAGAAGUUAAAAGUCACGCAAAGGGCAAGAUCUUGAUUUAACUCACGUUGCUAUCCUUAAUGAUCUCUGUCGUGGAAUAUGAGGCAAUUAGCCUUCAGCCUGGCAAGUUAAAUGUAGAAAGCAAGCCCAGACUUGGAAAGGUUUUGUUUUAUAAAUCAUUUGAUUUACUUUUAACAUGCUUGGUAGAGCAUUUUUACUUUUACUGUUUUGUACCCAGGAGUUAUUUUUACCUAGUUGUAGAGCAAGACUGUUCAUAAAUGUAUCCCUUUCAAACAUCUUUGAGAAAAAUGGAGGAAAAAAAAAACGCUUUUAUAUAUAUAUUUUACAAGUAAAAACUGUUUUACAAGUCAUUUUGCAACAUGCCAGUACCAAUGGGGUACUUUGCCUUAACUGUUCAUGCACUUUCAUGGAGACUGCAAUACGUUGCUCUGAGCACUUUCUUUAUCCUUGAGGUUUAAUCUUUUUCUCCUUUCUAUAGUAUGACAUAAUGAUUUGCUAUGUUGUAAAAUCUUUGUAAAAUAUUUCUGUAUAAAAAAUUUUUAAAAAUCUUGAUUUCUU